GGUGCUGCAGCUGCCGCAGCGCUGGCCGCGGCUCGGGCUCGGGCUCCCGGGCAUUUAAAGGGGACGCGGUGGCAACUGUGGCCAGCGGGAGGAAGGAUGGGGGGCAGGUGGAGGGGACCUUCGGGACACACAUCACCCACAGUCCCUCGGGCCCGGAGGGCGUCGUGAACCGGAGCCCAGGAAUCCGGGGGUGGCCAAGACAUCGCGUCGCCCCAUUCCGGCAAGCACUCUUGCGCCCACAAACCUUAGCAGCCCCCCACUCCUUAGCCUCUGAACUCAGCCGGGACGGACCCCGCCGCGCCGCCCCACCUGCCACCUCGCUGCCCUGAAACUCGGAUCCUCCCUCAGCUUGGUCACCAGGCAGGGACUGCCCCGAGGACAGAGCAGCCUGGAGAUCUUGCCUCUCUCCCCCUUGACUCCUCAGCGACCACCAAAGGAUCGGAUCACUCAAGACAAAGCUACAGGAGGAGCUGACAACAGAAGCCAAGAGCUCCUAGAACUGGUGCCCUGGGUAACCCAGUGACCAUGAGCGCGUGUCUUCCAGUCACCAGCCUCCGAUGCCUGACUAGGCCACUGCUGCCUUCUCUCCUCUGCCUACCUGUCCCCCAGGUGUGUCAAGGCCUGGCACGGGAGGCCGCUACCUCCCCACGCCCUCCUGCUGCCUGCUUGCUUCGGACUCUGGCAGGAGCCCCACCCGCUCACCCGCUCCUCCUGGGGAAUUGGUCUUGGAUGUGCCAGCGCCCCUGGCCGUGGCCUGCUAACCAGCUCCUUCCUGGCCGGCUUCCGCCGCGCCCCCUCUCGCUUGUCCCCUCCUCCUCCUGUCCCCCCUGCUCCCAGGACAGCAGGAUGGCCGCACAAGGCGCGCCUCGCUUUCUCCUAACCUUCGACUUUGAUGAGACCAUUGUGGACGAGAACAGCGACGACUCGAUCGUGCGCGCCGCGCCGGGCCAGCAGUUACCUGAGAGCCUGCGCGCCACCUACCGCGAGGGCUUCUACCACGAGUACAUGCAGCGUGUGUUCCAGUACCUGGGCGAGCAGGGUGUGCGGCCACGGGACCUGCGCGCCGUCUACGAGGCCAUCCCGCUGUCGCCGGGCAUGGGCGACCUGCUGCAGUUCGUGGCCAAGCAGGGCUCCUGCUUCGAGGUCAUCCUUAUCUCCGACGCCAACACCUUCGGCGUGGAGAGCAGGCUGCGCGCCGCCGGCCACCACGGCCUGUUCCGCCGCAUCCUGAGCAACCCGUCGGGGCCUGACUCGCGGGGACAGCUGGCCCUGCGACCGUUCCACACGCACGGCUGCGCGCGCUGCCCCGCCAACAUGUGCAAGCACAAGGUGCUCAGCGACUACCUGCGCGAGCGCGCGCGCGACGGUGUGCACUUCGAGCGCCUCUUCUACGUGGGCGACGGCGCCAACGACUUCUGCCCCAUGGGGCUGCUGGCGGUCGGCGACGUGGCCUUCCCGCGCCGGGGCUACCCCAUGCACCGGCUCAUCCAAGAGGCGCAAAAGGCCGAACCCAGCUCCUUCCGCCCCUGCGUGGUGCCCUGGGACACUGCCUCAGACGUGCGCCUGCAUCUGCAGCAGGUGCUCAAGGAGUGCUGAGCCCGGGUGGCCAGAAGGGGGCGCGCGCGGGGAGGGGCGGGCCUGGAAAGACAGCCAGCCCCUUCCCCCUGUUCCCUCCUCCUCUGCGCGGCUGAGCCCCUCAGGGGCCGGGGAGCGGAUCAGAGCCCUGUCCAUCUAUGCAGUUACCCCAGCCAGGAUGCCUCGCGUUCCAUGCCAGGCGGUUCUGGUGUCUGGCCCCAGGAGAGGCAUUUCCAAAGCACCUUGUCUUCCGAACUGGGAGGAGCGGCCGAGAAGGGGCAGCUCCCUCCUCUCAUAGCUCUCACUGCCUGGUGCGUUCCAGAGGCUGAGACAGGAGGAUCUCUGCGAGCUCAAGGCCAGCCUGAGCUGCAGAACUUUUUGCUUUAAUUGCUGCCUUGGGCUGCAAAAACCUCUCCCCGUUUUCUCUCAAAAAGACCUCAGGACCCCCAAAUCCUCGAGGGCCCCUCAAUCCUGCUCCAGCCAACCCCGCACAAUUUCUGUGCUUGCUAGGCCUUCUUGCCUUCCUCCACCCACCCCAGCCACAGCCAGAGGAAAUAAAGCCAGGAGACACCAUCGACCCCUGGUGAUGUAAGAGGGAGCGCAAGGCUGGCCCGGGACCGCGUACCCAUGAGCCGCAGACCUUACCAAAGCCGCCCUUGUCCCACUGGAGGAGAAGCCAUGCUGUGCCGAGCCGGAAGCCCGCCCACUAUGUUCAAGCUAUAAAUGUGGCGACAGGGA